UUUCCCGCUUUCUCUCCAAAACCCUUACUUAGGGUAGCACAGCACAGUAUUGUAUUGUCUUUAACUAAAUCACACUCAGAGAGAUCGAGAAAGACAGAGAUACAAUAAUGGCGGAUGAUGAGCCAGUAAGCGGAAGGCGAAGGCCGAGGGGACCGGAGGCCACCGAACGCAGCAAAGCCUUGGAGCGUCUCAAGGCCCGCAUCCACGGCGGUCGUCGAUCCGACGCCACCGGGCCCCAAAUCAGGUUAGAAAACCCUGUCUACGACACCGUCCCUGAGGACGAGUACAACGCCCUCGUCGCCAAGCGCCGCGAACAGGCUCGGUCCUUCAUCGUCGACGAUGAAGGACUCGGCUACGGCGACGAGGGCGAGGAAGAGGACUGGUCGCAGGCCGGAUUCAACCUCUCCUCCGGCGAAUCCGAAGACGAAUCGGAGAGGCCGAAGCGGAAGAAGGUCGAGAAGAAGGAUCCUCAGCCGAAACGACCUUCUUCCUCGCUCUCCGCCGCCGCCGCCAUGAUGGGAGGCCAGAGGCUGUCGUCGAUGUUCACUUCGUCUGUUUUCAAGAAGAGCAGAGACGACAAGGCCUCCGAGAGCAUCGUCGAUGAUGUUAUCGCGGAGUUUGCGGCGGACGAGACCGAUAGACUGAGGCGUAAAAGGGCUAAUGUGAAUUCCUCCUCCUCUUCGGUUACAAAUGAUGCUUUGCGGAUUAACAACACGGUUAGGGAUAAGCCUUCUGUUGAUUUGAUUGGAGCUUCUUCGCUGCCGGCAAAUGGUAAUGCUGAGUCUGUUAAGGUUGUUGACAGUGAUGGUUCUGACUCGGGGUUUGAGCAAAAGAGUGAGGCGGUUAGUGAAAUUGAAGAUUUGGCGUGUGUAAGUUCUGAGAAUGGACAGGCGCCAGUGGUGGAAUCUGAUGAUUGUAAAAUUAAUGAGGGUAUAGUUGAGGCGAAAGAGAUGAAGAAAGCUGAAAUUGAAGUAAAAUCGGGUGGGAAAAAGGAGGUGUUCACUUUGAAUGCGAAGGUUAAAGAGGAGGACGAGGAGGACCCGUCAUUGUCUGCAACUGCUGGUUGGAAGGAAGUGAUGAGUGGUGCCGGUGGUGUUGAUGCUGAUUCAAAGGAUGCUUUGCAGAACCAACAACACUCAGAGUUAGAUUUGGAGAAAGAUGGAUCAUUUUUUUUCUAUAUACUAGAUGCAUAUGAGGAGUUUUAUGGAGAAAAUAGGGGCACCCUUUAUCUGUUUGGGAAGGUCAAAACUGGGGAUUUGUAUCAGAGUUGCUGUAUUAUUGUGAAGAACAUGCAGAGGUGCAUCUAUGCAGUUCCAAGCCUAUCUCUGCAUCGCACAGAAGAGAUGAUGAGUCUUGAGAGAGAUGUCCAAGAGUCUCGAAUUUCUUCUGCAGAUUUCUUUAAAAAGCUGCAAGAUGCAGUAUCUGAUGUUAAGAAUGAGAUAGCACAGCAUCUGGUGAAUUUGGAAGUUUCUAACUUUAGCAUGGCUCCUGUUAAGAGGAAAUACGCAUUUGAACGGUCUGAAAUUCCUGCAGGUGAAAAUUAUGUGGUGAAAAUCAAUUAUUCAUUCAAGGAUCCAGUACUCCCUGUAGAUCUCAAAGGAGAAAGUUUCUGUGCUCUCUUAGGAACUGGUUGCAGUGCGCUUGAGCUUUUUUUGAUUAAAAGAAAGAUAAAGGGUCCUUCAUGGCUACAGGUUUCAAACUUUUCUCCAAGCUCAGCUUCUCGAAGGGUUAGCUGGUGCAAAUUUGAAGUGACUGUUGACUCUCCUAAACAAAUAAAUUCAGCUCCAAAGAUCACUUCUAAGAUUCCUCCUGUGGUUGUUGCAGCAAUAAACUUGAAAACCAUCAUAAAUGAAAAACAGAACAUAAAUGAGAUUGUAUCAGCAUCUGUUGUCUGUUGCAACAUGGUUAAGAUUGACACUCCUAUGAUGGCUUCAGAGUGGAGGAGACCUGAAAGGCUGACCCGUUUUACUGUUGUUCGUAAACUUGAUGGGAGUAUAUUUCCGAUGGGGUUCAACAAGGAGGUUACGGACAGAAACUUACAAGCGGGUUCAAAUAUUCUGUGUGCUGAGAGCAGUGAAAGAGCUUUGUUGAACCGCUUGAUGUUAGAAUUGCACAAGUUGGACAGUGAUGUUCUUGUUGGACACAAUAUUUCUGGAUUUGACCUGGAUGUUCUUCUCCACAGAUCCCAGGCUUGCAAAGUAGCAAGCAGCAUGUGGUCUAAAUUAGGCCGCCUCAACCGUUCUACAAUGCCUAAACUUAGAAGAAGCAAGGUUUUUGGUUCUGGAGCAGAUCCUGGUAUCAUGUCCUGCAUUGCUGGCCGACUUCUUUGUGAUACAUACUUGUGUUCCCGUGACCUAUUAAAGGAGGUUAGUUAUUCUUUAACUCACCUUGCAAAAUCACAUCUAAACAAGAUUCGGACGGAAGUUGCUCCACAUGAAGUUCCAAAAAUGUUCCAAACAGCAGAAUCCCUAAUGAAGCUUAUUGAAUACGGUGAAACAGAUGCAUGGCUGUCUAUGGAACUCAUGUUUUAUUUAAGUGUUCUUCCGCUCACACGUCAGCUGACUAAUAUAAGUGGCAAUCUGUGGGGGAAAACUCUUCAGGGUGCUCGAGCACAGAGAGUGGAAUAUCUUUUGCUGCAUACUUUCCACGCAAUGAAAUUUAUGGUGCCAGACAAGUUCUCAUACCAUGCAAAAGAAACAAAAGAAACAAAAUUGAUGAAACGCAGGUUAACUCAUGAUGUGGAGGAUAACAACUUUGAUGCAUAUAUUGAUGAUGCAAACCAUGACAAUGAUGCUUCUGAAGCUGAUAAUAAGAAAAGCAAAAAGGGUCCUUCUUACGCUGGGGGACUGGUUUUGGAGCCAAAGAAGGGUCUAUAUGACAAAUAUAUAUUGCUUCUGGACUUCAACAGUCUUUACCCUUCUAUUAUUCAGGAAUACAAUAUCUGCUUCACAACUGUUGAGAGAUCUUUGGAUGAAUCUUUUCCUCGUCUACCAUCUAGUAAAACAACCGGAGUUUUGCCAGAGGUGCUGAAAAAUCUGGUUGAUCGGAGGAAAAUGGUUAAGUCGUGGAUAAAGAAUGAAAAAAAUAAGAAUGAAAAGACUGAUCCUAUUAGAGUUCAGCAACUGGAUAUUCAGCAGCAAGCACUCAAGCUUACUGCAAACAGUAUGUAUGGGUGCCUGGGAUUUUCGAAUUCAAGAUUUUAUGCUAAGCCAUUAGCUGAGCUUAUAACUUCACAAGGAAGGGAGAUACUACAGAGUACUGUUGAUCUUGUUCAGAAUAACUUGAAUUUAGAGGUGAUCUAUGGCGAUACUGAUUCAAUAAUGAUUUACAGUGGGCUAGAUGAAAUUGAGGAAGCUAAUAAAAUUGCUGUAAGAGUUAUUCAAGAGGUCAAUAAGAAGUAUAAAUGCUUGGAAAUUGAUCUUGAUGGUUUAUAUAAAAGGAUGCUGCUGCUUAAGAAAAAGAAGUAUGCAGCUGUAAAGUUGCUGUAUAAGGAUGGCACCCCAUAUGAGGCUAUUGAACGUAAAGGUCUUGACAUUGUUCGUCGUGACUGGAGCAUAUUAGCUAAAGAACUAGGAGAUUUUUGCUUGACUCAAAUUUUAUCGGGAGGGUCAUGCGAAGAUGUUGUGGAGUCAAUCCACAACUCACUAAUGAAGGUACAAGAAGAAAUGAGAAACGGACAGGUAGCAUUAGAGAAAUAUGUCAUUACAAAGACAUUGACUAAACCUCCUGAAGCUUAUCCUGAUGCCAAGAACCAGCCACAUGUUCUUGUGGCACAAAGAUUGAAGCAACAAGGCUACUCUUCUGGUUGCUCUGUUGGUGAUACAAUCCCUUAUAUAAUUUGCUAUGAGCAGGGUGGUAGUCCAGGCAGUGCAGCUGGCAUUGCUCAACGUGCCAGACAUCCUGAUGAACUUAAACGAGAUCAAGGGACCUGGCUGAUUGACAUUGAUUACUAUUUAUCACAACAGAUCCAUCCUGUGGUAUCACGUCUUUGUGCACCAAUUCAGGGCACAAGCCCAGAAAGACUAGCUGAUUGUUUAGGGCUUGACUCAUCAAAGUUUCAUCAUAAAUCAAGUGAAGCUUUAAAUGAUGAUUCUGCAAGCCCACUCUCGUUUGUUGCUGAUGAUGAGGAGAGGUAUCGGGGAUGUGAGCCGUUGGUCUUGUCAUGCCCUAGCUGCUCUGGUACAUUUGACUGCCCACCUGUUUUUAAAUCUAUUUGUUUGUUGGGAAGUGAAAGGCAAAGGCCAACCAGUGUAGCCCCAGAGGAAGCUGAGUACAAUUUCUGGCGUAAGCUGUGCUGUCCUAAAUGCCCAGAUGUUAAAAUUUCUCCUGUAAUGAUAGCUAAUCAGGUCAAAAGGCAAGCAGAGAGGUUUAUUUUAAUGUACUACAGAGGUUUACUAGUGUGUGAUGAUGAAACGUGUAAGCAUACAACGCGAAGUAUCAGCCUUCGGUUGGUUGGUGAUUCUGAGAGAGGAACUGUUUGUCCAAAUUAUCCUCGUUGCAAUGGGCGUCUAGUUAGAAAGUACACAGAAGCAGACUUGUACAAGCAGCUCUCGUAUUUUUGCCAUGUGUUCGAUACUGUUUCUUGUAUAGAAAAGAUGGAGGCAAAAUCUAGAAUACCGAUAGAGAAAGAGUUGAUAAAAAUUAGGGCGGUGAUUAAAUCGGCAGCAUCAACAGCACAGGAGAUCAGGGACCGUUGUGCCUUUGGGUGGGUGAAAUUGGAGAAUCUGGUCAUUUCAGUUUAAUUUGCAGAUUUGAUGCCAGAGUCGGUUUAUGUAGUCUAGCAUCCAUCCAUGUGAAUCUACUUGAGCAAGGGGAUUCUCAGCAGAUUCAUGAUAUAUUAUAAAUAGACUAUCAAGGGUUAUCCUCACUGGUUUUACAAGCAAGUCUGAUCGAGUAAAUCUACGCAAUACCCUCUACUGUUUAUUUAAGAGGCAGUAAUCUGCUAUUGACUGCUACUGUCCUUAUAACAAUUUCCAGUGUUCUGUAAAUAUGUUUUAUUAGUUUGUGUUAUUUACAAAAGCUCAUCAAUUGAUUGAAGGGUGACCAACUGUAAUUUUUUGCUUAUGAGUUUCGAGGGAAUAGGGAAUAUGUAACGUGUGUGACGCCCAGUCUUGCAACAACAGGUUCAAGGAUGUUAUAUUUAAAAGGAAAAUGUACUCAAAUUUGUUAAAAAA